GGGUAGGUCUGAUGGGUUGUGAAACACGUCUUUCUUAUUUCAGAUUAUUUUCCACAGAUAAGUAGGACAUGGAGCUCGUCUUCAACAGAGUGGCAGAAGAGGCAGAGACUUUGAUCAUAGUUGUUUGCAUGCCCCGUGUCCACAGCGCCUGUUACCCGUCCCCAUGUUACAGCCUGCAGAACAAGUUGGAUGGCAUUGUCAUGGAUAAUGAGGAGGACAUAAGACUCUGGUGCGAAGUGGCAGUGCCAUAUACCGAGUGCUUGAAUAAACUUCCUCUCGAGUGUCGGACAACUGGUUUGGAAGACAUCAUCGAAGAAACGAAAUACCAGAUGAAUCAAAUUCCGUGUGGUUCAUCUAGAAAGCUGACAGUGUCAAUCGGCCUGUUUAUCCUGAUAUCUAUCAACACAUUCCUUCUUUGAGAGAGGAAAUAACAAACUGAACAUGUUAAUGAUAAAAAUGAAUAAUGAUGUGCGUGCUGUUUUUUAUUAUACGAUGGUAAAUAAUGUGCAAUUAUCUGUCAAACUGUUUUAAAUAUGCUCACAUGCAACAGAGCUUAAAAUGUCUGCAAACAUUUAAUGAAUAUUAAUGAAUAAAACACAAUGAAUAUGCAGGAGUCGUGUGAAGUCUGUUGUCGUUUCUGUAGAAUAUAUUAAAACAGAUUUACUGUUAUAAUAACAUUACUUUUUGUAUUCAAAAGACAAAUAAAAUCAGAAUUCAAGUUAAG